UGGUCCCACUCCGGCUGGGCUUCCGCGUCCUGCGUGUGGACAGCCGAGGACUCGCGAGGUUGUUCCCGGGGUGCGCGAUGCCGGAGCGAGAGGCAUGCAGGGGCGGAGGGCGCGGAGAGGGCGUGAGGGAAGUGAGCGUGCGUGAAGAGACCCCCACCGCCCUCGGGAGCAGAGAGUUACGGAGAACUAAGUAGGGAGUAUGGGACUUACGAGGGACAGAAUACUACAUGUAAAAUAGCCCCUCGCUUGGAAGAUCUGCGCAGGCGCGCAGUGAGGGCGCGGACGUGCGAGCGGAAGUUGUGCUGGAGCGCUUUAGGAAAGGGACCUGCGGAGAAAGCAGGUACUCUGCCGACGCCUGUGGACGGUAUCGGAGGGGGCAGGCCGCCAUGAACCGCCUCCAAGAUGACUAUGACCCCUACGCAGUUGAAGAGCCUAGUGACGAGGAGCCGGCUUUGAGCAGUUCUGAAGAUGAGGUGGAUGUGCUUUUACAUGGAACUCCCGACCAAAAACGAAAACUUAUCAGAGAAUGUCUUACUGGAGAAAGUGAAUCCUCUAGUGAAGAUGAAUUUGAAAAAGAAAUGGAAGCUGAAUUAAAUUCCACCAUAAAAACAAUGGAGGACAAGUUAUCCUCUCUAGAAACAGGGUCUUCCUCAGGAAAUGGGAAAGUUGGAACAGCUCCAACAAAGUACUAUGACGAUAUAUAUUUUGAUUCUGAUUCUGAGGAUGAAGACAAAGCAGUAGCACAGGUGACCAAGAAAAAGAAGAAGAAACAACACAGAAUUCCAACAAAUGAUGAAUUACUAUAUGAUCCUGAAAAAGAUGACAGAGAUCAGGCCUGGGUUGAUGCACAGAGAAGAGGCUACCAUGGUUUUGGAAUACAGCGGCGACGUCAACAACAACAGCCUUUUCCAAAUAGUGAUGCUGUCUUGAAUUGCCCUGCCUGCAUGACCACACUGUGUCUUGAUUGCCAAAGGCAUGAAUCAUACAAAACUCAGUAUAGAGCAAUGUUUGUAAUGAAUUGUUCUAUCAACAAAGAAGAGAUUCUAAGAUACAAAGCCCCAGAGAACAGGAAGAAAAGACGAGGCCAUAAGAAGAUGAGGUCUAACCAAGAAGAUGCUGCGGAGCAGGCAGAGACAGGUGUGGAAGAAAUCUAUCACCCAGUCAUGUGCACUGAAUGUUCCACCGAAGUGGCGGUCUAUGACAAGGAUGAAGUCUUUCAUUUUUUCAACGUUUUAGCAAGCCAUUCCUAAAUAGCUAAGUUGGCAUUUAGUUGCCCAAUACCGUAUACAAGGCAAAUACGGGCAGUUAUAUUCCUCCUGCCUACUCAUCUCAAGUGACAUUCUGAGCGGUUAUUUGAGGAAGCAGUGUUUCAUCUUUAUCUUUUUGAAAAAAAAUGGUUAUCUACCUUCAUCCCUCCUCUUCCUUUUUAAAAAAAAAUUUUUCCCCAGCUCUGAUGGGACUCGUUAUUCAUUCUCUUUUUGAUAGAUAUUUGGAAACUGGGGCUUUUUAUUUAUUAAAGCUCUUUAGAAUUAAAAUGUUCUGGAGUUACAGGUAA